UAACGGUAACACAAAGCAACGCCUAACCAAACACCGACCUAAAACAAAUUUUUUUGACAAAAAAACGAAAAAUAUCCAAAACUUGGUCGCCAAGAAAUCUGAACUUACUUCAACUCAAUUACACUGCUACUAUCCUUACACUAUCAUUAUUUUAUUCUUCUCCAAGAAUCUUUAUAUUUCUUUUCACUCCCAAAAUCUCCUUUUCUUUUUCAGUGAUUUGCUUUUUAUUCUGCUUCGAAUGGGCGACGCGGUCAAUCCAAAAAAUCAUAUGACGACUUUUCCAAAAACUCCGGCAACUAUCGGUUCGUCGUUGAUUCCGGUGAUCAACAAGCUUCAAGACAUUCUUGCUUCUUCUGGUACCGAAUUGUCCGAUAUUUCGGUACCUCAAGUGGCGGUAGUUGGCAGCCAGAGUAGCGGUAAAUCGAGCGUGCUCGAGGCACUUGUUGGCCGCGAUUUUCUGCCUCGAGGAUGCGAUAUUUGUACUCGAAGACCGCUAGUUUUAAUGUUAGAAAGCCGUCCUCCAAAUUCAGAAGACGAUAGAAGCGAGUGGGGUGAGUUUCGCCACUUACCCGGCCGCCGCUUUUAUGAUUUCUCCCAAAUUCGUCGAGAAAUUCAGAUUGAGACUGAAAGAGAAGCAGGUUGUAACAAAGGGGUUUCAGAAAAACAGAUUCGAUUAAAGAUUUCCUCUCCCAAUGUCCUUAACAUGACCCUUAUCGACUUACCUGGCAUUACCAAGGUUCCUGUGGGGGAUCAACCUAGUGAUAUAGAAGCAAGAAUUAGGAGAAUGAUUAUGGCACAUAUCAACAAUGAAAAUUGUAUCAUAUUAGCUGUCAGCCCGGCAAAUUCCGAUUUAGCUACAUCUGAUGCACUACAGAUAGCUAAAUUAGCUGAUCCAACUGGUUCUCGGACAGUUGGUGUAAUCAGCAAGCUUGAUAUUAUGGACAGGGGCACUAAUGCCUGUAACUUUUUGCUUGGAAGGGUGGUUCCACUUAAACUUGGUUAUGUUGGUGUAGUGAAUCGCAGUCAGGAGGAUAUUAAUAAAAACCGUAGCAUUCAAGAAGCACUCGCAUAUGAGGAACAGUUCUUCCAUGAUCAUCCUGUGUAUAAUGGUGUUUCUGAUCGUUGUGGCAUUCCUCAAUUGGCGAAGAAGCUGAAUCUGAUCCUAGAGCAGCAUAUCAGAAGGGAUCUCCCACGUUUGAAUUCUGAGCUAAACUCUCGCCUGCAUGCAGCUAUGAAAGAGCUGCAGAUGUAUGGAGAAGUUGUGGAAUCAAAGGCAGAACAAGGAGCAAUUUUAUUGGACAUUCUUAGAAGAUACUGUGAUGAUUUUUCUGCUAUGGUUGAUGGAAAAAUCCAGGACAUGUCAACUAAAGAGUUGUGUGGGGGAGCCAGGAUCCACUACUUUUUUCAGUCAAUGUUUGUGAAGCCCUUAGAGGAAAUGGACCCCUGCGAAAGUCUGAGUGACGAGGAUAUUGCAUAUGCCCUUAAAAAUUCAUCUGGUCUACGAAAUGUUCUAUUUGUCCCAGAGGUUCCGUUUGAAGUUUUGGUUAGAAGACAAAUUGCUCAGCUGUUAGAUCCUUGUCAUCAGUGUCUAUGGAUUGUCUAUGAUGAACUGAUAAAGAUCAGUCUGGCUUGUGAAUCAACUGGAUUGCAGAGGUUCCCAUCAUUAAGAAGGCACAUAAAUGAAGUUGUACGAAAGUUUUUAGAUGCUGCUGCCAAGCCUGCUGAGACUAUGAUAGAAAACCUCAUUGAGAUGGAGAUGGAUUAUAUAAAUUCUUCGCAUCCAAGUUUUAUUGGUGGGAACAAAGCUGUUGAGUUUGCUAUGCAGCAGAUGAGAUCAUCUAAGGAGAGAGUUGAUACUGAAAGGGUAUCUACAUCUGAGAAGGGCCAGAUAUCCCAAACUGUUGCUGCUAGCUCGGUUGUGAAUGGUGUGCCUAACCAGCCUAUGCUGGCAUUUUGGCAGGGAAAUCGUCCUCAGUCACAUAAUGAGAGACCUGUAUCAGCUGGUGGCAGUUCAUCCACAAGGACUUGGGGAAUUUCAUCAAUAUUUGGUAACAGGGCAUCGUCUAUGGGGACUGCAGCUAUUGCAUCUCCUGAAGAAACUAUUCACGAAGUAGAGCGUAUGUCAUCAUCAAUCCAACUGAGAGAGCCUCCAUCAAUCUUAAGACCAGUUGAAAUGUCAGAGAAUGAAGCUACAGAAAUAAUUGUCACCAAAUUACUUGUGCAAUCCUACUUUGACAUAGUCCGGAAAAACAUUCAAGACUUGGUGCCAAAGGCCAUAAUGCACUUUCUGGUCAAUCAUACAAAAAGAAACCUUCAUAACACUUUUAUACAAAUAUUGUACCGAGAGAACCUCUUUGAAGAACUGUUGCAGGAGCAGGAUGAGGUCGUUGCAAGAAGAAAGCACGCCCAAGAAAUGUUGUGUAUUUUGAGGCAAGCUGUUAAGACGCUCAAUCAAGUUGAAUCUGAUGUGGAGUCCCAACAUAGGACUACAAACUCAGGUGCCGAUGCCUGUCCCGGAUUGCCAAGGUUUUCGGACCUCACCAACGGUAGGAACAAUUCGUCUUAUAUAUCAUCAUCCAGUAAGCCCAGAGCUCGGAAAUUACUCUAUUAGGAAGAGCCAUCAUUGUCUCUCAACUCCAAUGGUGGAAUGUAUGUCUAGAGUCCCACUGAUUGAAUUUGUUGCAAGUCGGGUGAUUAAUUAAUCCCUCGGUUACACUUUACAGAGAUUCAUACAUUAAAAAAGUGAAAUUUGGCUAAUUAGAUUUGCUGUUUCAAUAUUCUUUUUCUACAUAUGACUCGCAAGGGACUGUACUGUUGAGCAUAUUGCGGCUGGUUGUACAGUGUAGAAAUAGCAUGCUUGAUAUAUUGCCUUGUA